GCAUUCCACAAUCUUUCAUAAAGGAAUUCGUAAAGAAUUGCACAACAUGUGCAACUCGAAGAAAUUUUCCAAAUCCAGUAGCUGCAAAACCAAUAAUCUCUAAUGCUUUCCUUAAUAGGGUUCAGGUUGAUCUAAUUUCCAUGACUAGUAUUCCCAAUGGUGAUUAUCAUUACAUUUGCCAUAUUCGGGAUCAUUAUACCCGAUACUCUUGGGCUCGUGCAUUGACCAGCAAGCGGCCAAUUGAAGUGGCAAUUUUUCUUUUUGAC